AUGGACAGAACUUUGGAAUCUCUGAGGCACAUCAUUGCCCAAGCCUUGCCUCACAGAGACCCCGCUUUGGUCUUCAAAGACUUGAACGUUGUGUCAAUGUUACAGGAAUUCUGGGAAAGCAAGCAGCAGCAGAAAGCCACGCUCUCCAGCGAGGGGCUGGUGGUCUACGAGUCCAUGCCUUCCUCUGGGCCUCCCUUCGUGAGCUAUGUGACUCUCCCCGGAGGGAGCUGUUUUGGUAACUUUCAGUGUUGCCUCAGCCGAGCGGAGGCCAGGCGGGACGCUGCAAAAGUGGCGCUCAUCAACUCUCUCUUCAACGAGCUGCCCUCCCGAAGGAUCACCAAGGAGUUCAUCAUGGAGAGCGUCCAGGAAGCGGUCGCCUCCACCAGGGGCACUUUAGAUGACGCAGAUGACCCCAGCACGAGUGUGGGAGCCUAUCACUACAUGCUGGAGUCAAACAUGGGGAAGACCAUGCUGGAGUUUCAGGAACUAAUGACCAUUUUCCAACUACUGCACUGGAACGGCAGCCUGAAAGCUCUCCGUGAGACAAAGUGCUCUCGACAGGAAGUCAUCUCCUAUUAUUCCCAAUAUUCUUUAGAUGAAAAGAUGCGCAGCCACAUGGCCCUGGACUGGAUCAUGAAGGAGCGCGAAUCACCAGGAAUUCUCUCUCAAGAGCUGCGUGUGGCCCUGGAGCAGCUGGAGGAAGCCAGGAAGGCGGGACAAGAACUACGAUUUUACAAAGAAAAAAAAGAAAUCCUGAGCUUGGCUCUGACUCAGAUCUACAGUGACCCUGACCCUUCCUCACCCAGCGAUGACCAACUAAGCCUCACGGCUCUGUGUGGCUAUCAUUAGCACGACCCAGGGCUCAGGUUUCCUGAGGACUUUCACGUCAGGAAUCUACUAGACAGAAGUUGUUAGAAAUCUUAGCAUGCUAGUCAUUACCGGAAGGCUGCACUGUUCCUACACAGUGUCUUCACAGAAUGGGAGGCUAGGGUCGACCGGUCCAGAUCCCAACUUCCUA